AUGAACCUCAAAAGACCUCCUUCAAUGGAAACCAAAACAGUUGUCUUGCUCUCCCUAACACUGCUCUCUCUCUUCUCUUUCUCCUCCUCUUUCACUCCCACGGACAACUACCUCAUCAACUGUGGCUCAAACACCAACACCUCCUUCACUCCUACAGAUAGCAGAAUUUUUGUAGCUGAUUCCACUAAACAAGGUUCGAUCUUUCUCUCAAAAGGCCAGUCCAUUUCACUAAAGAACCAAAACCCAUCUCCAAAUUCACCAACUUUAUACAACACAGCUAGAGUUUUCACUGCUGCUUCAAGCUACAAGUUCAGUGUUAAGAGAAAUGGGACUCACUUGGUACGUUUUCAUUUCUCUCCAUUUAAAGCUCAAGGCUUUGAUUUAACAACUGCAAAGUUUAGUGUUUUUGCUAAUGGGAAUUUGUUAUUGAGGGAUUUUAGUACCAAAGUUGUUGUGCUUAAAGAGUAUAUAUUGAGAGUGGAUGACUAUGAUCUUGAAAUUUUGUUUAGUUCUGUUGGCGACUCAAGAUUUGGAUUUGUGAAUGCAAUUGAAGUGUUUUCUGCCCCUAAGGAUUUUAUUCUUGAUGAGGGAGCUAAAUUGGUUGGUAAAAAUGGAAUUGAAGUGUACAAGAAUCUUUCUUCACAUGUUUUAGAGACAGUUCAUAGGAUUAAUGUUGGAGGCUCAAAAUUGGUGCCUUUUAAUGAUACUUUGUGGAGAACUUGGAUUCCUGAUGAGGAUUUUCUUGUCUUGAAAUCUGCUGCGAAACUUGCAGUUACUACUCAGGUUCCUAAUUAUCAGAGUGGGGGUGCUAGUAGAGAGAUUGCGCCAGAAAAUGUGUAUAUGACUGCACAGCAGAUGAAUAGGGAUAAUAACCAAUUGCAAUCAAGAUUUAACAUCACAUGGAAUUUUCCUGUGGGUUCUGGUGGGGUUCGGCACUUGGUUCGAUUACAUUUCUGUGAUAUUGUCAGUACUUCACUUAAUCAGUUGUACUUUGAUGUGUACCUAAACGAGUACUCUGCGGACAAUGAUUUGGAUUUGUCAUCCCUUACAUUCCAUGUCCUUUCAUCUCCAAUGUAUGUAGAUUAUAUUGUGGAUUCAAAUGAUUUAGGGGCUGUGCGUGUUAGUGUUGGACCUUCGGCUAUCAGUAGUUCUUCAAAAGUCAAUGCUAUUUUGAAUGGAGUGGAGAUCAUGAAGAUGGUAAAUCCUUCUCGUUCACAAAGUGGUUCCAAGAAGGGAACUGUUUGGAUUGCGGUGGGUUCAAGCAUCGGAGGCUUUGCUGUUCUGUGUGUGAUUGUCUUUGCAGUUAUACUUUCUUGUAAAUGCAAGAAGAAGAAAUUGAAACCAAGACGAGUAGAAAGUGCAGCUUGGACACCUUUAGGUGUAUAUGGAGGUAGUACUCAUAGUAGAAUGUCAGAAGUGACUGUUAAUGAAUAUCGCAACUUGAAGAUUCCUUUUGCCGACGUCCAGGUGGCAACCAACAAUUUCGACAACAGUCUGAUAAUUGGUUCGGGUGGAUUUGGUAUGGUUUUCAAAGGUGUUCUUAAAGACAGCACAAAGAUUGCUGUAAAGAGGGGUGUGCCAGGGUCUAGGCAAGGACUCCCAGAAUUUCAAUCUGAAAUAGCAGUUUUGUCGAAGAUACGCCACCGCCAUCUUGUUUCCCUCAUUGGGUAUUGUGAAGAACAGUCAGAAAUGAUCCUUGUCUAUGAGUACAUGGAAAAGGGGCCUUUGAAGAAACAUUUGUAUGGUCCAGGAUGUUCUCGUCUGUCCUGGAAGCGAAGGCUUGAAAUUUGCAUUGGUGCUGCGAGGGGACUUCACUACCUGCAUACAGGUUCUGCUCAAGGCAUUAUCCAUCGUGACAUCAAGUCUACAAAUAUUUUGCUUGAUGAAAAUUACGUAUCCAAGGUUGCUGACUUUGGUCUUUCACGUUCAGGCCCAUGUCUGGAUGAGACUCAUGUAAGUACUGGUGUAAAAGGCAGUUUUGGAUAUCUUGAUCCAGAAUACUUCCGAAGACAACAGCUUACUGAUAAAUCAGAUGUUUAUUCAUUUGGAGUUGUGCUUUUCGAAGUUCUUUGUGCAAGGCCUGCAGUCGAUCCAUUACUUGCUCGGGAGCAGGUGAAUUUAGCAGAAUGGGCAAUACAAUGGCAGAAGAAGGGCAUGCUCGAACAAAUUAUUGAUCCUCAUCUUGCAGGACAGAUAAAGCAAAAUUCUUUGAAGAAAUUCGGAGAGACGGCAGAGAAAUGUUUGGCUGACUAUGGUGUUGAUAGGCCAAGCAUAGGCGAUGUAUUAUGGAAUUUGGAGUAUGCACUUCAGCUUCAAGAAUCAGCUUCUGAACCAUCAAGAGAACCACAUGAAGACAACAAUGUGAAUGCGCCAGAGCUCCCGACACCUCGAAUAGCUCCCCAAGCUCCAUCAAACAACACUGAGACUGAAACAGGCUAUGGUGAUGGUACUUCAGAAAUUAGAAACAGUCUAGUUUUUUCACAGUUGAUGACCAACGAAGGCAGAUAG